GUCCCCGAUAGCAGCUCAACAGGCGCGGCGCAGCAGCUGAGAGGAUUUAGCUCCGCCGCGCAGCUUUCUACUUAAGCUUGAGCGCACCAUCUUCCCUGGCUUUCGCAUGGUUCCUAAUCAAUUUCCCCAAUAAUAAUAUCUCAACCUCAAAAGAACCCCAAGUUCCACAACUCGACCGCACUCGUACAGCCCUUUUAUCGACGACAGCUACGAAUUUCUUAAGACAAACCAAAUCCUUCGGUGUUACACAAUCAAUUCACCAUGCGCAAUCCGUUCAAGCCAAGACAAGCGCCCUCCCAAAGCUGGGCCGGGAGACCAAGAGCCCUUUCAGCCGAUGACCCAGUCUUCAAAGGCCUCGACGAAGACGAGCGAAAGAGCAUAGAGAGCAGCUCGAUCAACCAACAACAAAAGAAGUCCCAAGAAUCAACCAGAGAGCCGUUGAAACCUUCUGGCUCGGAUAGCGCCGUAUCAGUGGAUAGCGGAUCGUCUCCUCACCACAGCGUCAGCGCUGACAUCGGUCAUGGUUAUGCCGCAAUCGCUGGCGCAUUCUCUGGCACCGACCACUCUGGACAGUAAACGGGGAAG